AUGCAGCCUUAACCUAUUUAGAAAAAGGACUCUUUAGCUCCUUAAGGUACUUCAAUGUCUAUUUGUUCAUCUUUGUUAUUCAUGAUAGGACAAUCAUGGUACGAAUUGAAAAGGAGACCUUGUGGAUAUUGCGUAUCAUUUUUUAGUGUUCUGAUUGUGGUUGCAGCUAGUGCAGUUAGUUAAUCAAUAAUUGAUAGAGCACCUCUCAUAUUUUUAAAAUCAGCUGAGGGUCCAGCGGGAUAAUCAGACAUAGUGUUGUCUGCAAAUCCAAAUUAUUUAAGCGAGGAACAUGAGAAAUCGCCUCAGUAUUUGAUGUCCAUCUAUAGUAACUCAGCCAGACAACAAGGAUAUCUCAUAGUUGACUUCCUAAACUUCACCAGAGUCAAAGAAGUAUUAGGACCAGACAGGGCAAGUCAAGCAAGUCCUAGAAUUUCGUAGCAAGUCAACUUCACUUAUUUGUAAAAGUCAGGAGAUUGUGAGAAUUCUGUGAAUAAAGCAUAAUAAUUGUUAUCCAAAAGGUAGGAAUUCGGAAGCGAUGCCCACUUUAAUGAUUUGAGAGAUGGAUAGUAAUUGGGUUAGAGGUGCGGAGGAGUAUAGCCUCAUCCAACGGCAAAAUUUGUGGCGAUUGAUACAUUGAAGGAGAAGGAUAUUGGAUUAGGAUGGGAAUAUCCAUUUGAUGAAUUAAAAGAGACGGAGGUGAUUUUGAGUAGGAAGCUAGCUGAAACUUAUCGAUUGAAUGUAGGAGAUUACAUGCUAAUAUAUGGAGAGUUCUAUGAUUUUUAUGGGUCUUAUUAUAUAGAGAACUAUUAUGAAUAGAUUGGUAGGCAAUUCAAUUUAACCAAUUACAAUGAGACAUUUUUAAAUCAAGAAUUCGGAGAUCUGAAGAAAGCCACUUAAAGAUUUUAUUUGUAUCAAGUCAAAGCGUUGUUGGAUUCCACUUAUGGUAAAUUUCCAGAUGGAGAUGCUGAUAAAUUGAUAAUUGUAGAACACAAACACUUCUUUAACAAUCUUGCUUAUUGGUCAUGGGACAAACCAUUUUUAAAGGCUUUGUAUACUGCUAAUCCUGAGGAAUUCGUAGAUGAAAUCAGAAUCAAUAUACCUGACAGAUUUGAUAUAUACAUGGAUAGCAAUUACGAGAAUAUAUAAGGGAAGAUAACCAAAUAUGCAAGUAACAUAAGACGAGAUUUGGGAGUUUAUCCAUGUAAUAUGGAUUUGCCUGUCUUAUAACAACUGUAUGAUUCUCGAUUUGGUUAACUGUUUUUGGGUAUCAUAUUAAAUAUGAUCAUCGUGAUAUUGUUUCUAUUGAGUGUUUUACUGUUAUAUACUUUGUUGUUGAUCUCAGUGGAGACUAAGACUUAUGACUUGGGAGUGUUGAGAGUAUUAGGGUUUAAUAAGUUGGGAGUAGUGUUCAUAGUAUUGACUCAAGCAUUGAGUUAUGUGUUGCCAGCUAUAGUAGCAGGUAUUAUCCUUUCGAUUCCAUUUCUAUUAUAUGCCAGUAGUGCACUCAAAGCUUCGAUUGGAGUUGAGAUAGAAGCUACUCCAACAACAAAUGCCGUAUUUAUGGCACUCGGAUUGGGAUUGCUGAUUCCUUUGUUGAGUUCUUAUGUUCCCAUAAAAGAAGCAUUAAGUAAGUAAUUGAGUUUUGCAUUGGAUAUCAACAGAUCAAAAUCAACUGCAGUGAAAAUAGAAGUAGAUCUUGAAGGCAAAUCGUUGCCUUGGGGUAGAAUCCAGUUCGCUGUAAUAGCUUCGUUGUUUGGAAUAUGUGUUUAUUACUUCUUGCCUUUGGCUUUAUUGUCAUUCAACAUUGGAUUACUGUUGUCAAUAUUCUUCUUCAUCUUAUGUGGCAUGCUCUUGGGAUUGGUCAUCUUUGCAUUCAAUAUCUAAUACCUUGCUGAACGAUUUACGGUUUAUCUAUUUUUGUUCUGGGCUAGUUCAGCCAAGAAAACAAUGGUGUUGAAGAAUCUAGCUGCACAUAGGAUCAAAAAUAGAAGAACAGCACUGAUGUAUGCCUUAUCCAUAGCUUUUGUGAUUUUCAUCUUUGUUGGUAUGAGCGUGCAGAUUGAAAACCAAGCUACUUAGACACUUUAAUAACAUGGUUGCAAACUUGAGAUCACUGCUUCCAAUGGAUAUCUCUCACCAUUUGAAUUCGAAAAAAUAAUCUUAGAAUUGGGAGGCAACAUCACUAGUUUUGCAUGGGUCACUGAUCCCUUGGAUAGUUACAUGUAGAAACUUGGAUUUUCCACAACAUACAUGACCCAUUUAGGUUAGGUCUACCAACUCAAACCUAAGAUCGUGGGGGUCUCACAUACUCUAUUUGAUAUGGGAUACAAUCAAUUUCUGAAAGUCGAGAAUCAAAUUAAUAGCAAAUUGAAUCCAGUUGAAUAAUUGUAUACGAGUCGAGGAAGUCAAAGUGCUAUGAUUGGUACCAGUUAUGCUGACCAACUCAAUAUCAAAAUUGACAUUGACAGCACUUUCCUUCUGGUUGUGUACAAUAAUACAUACAGUCAAUAUCAUUAAAUGAGAGCUUCUUCAAUUGUCACUUCAGCACCUGCCCUUAAAUUUAGUAGUCUGCCGAGUGUUCAAGAAUAAAAUGUUGUCGUCUCCUUACCAACAUACAGGAGGUUGUGUGGAAAUUUGAUAGAUGCAGUUGAAAAUUACCCUAUGAAAAGAUUACUCAUUUCUGUAUCUGGUUCUGGUAACAUCGACACUGUCUAUGGUCAAUUCAAAAAGUACAUUGAUGCUUAAGGUAUCUCUGCUAAGAUAUGGGAUUACAGAGAUUAUGAAACAUCCAUUAAGCAAAGUCAGAAUCUAAUUCAAAUCAUAUUCAGUUUCCUAACUGGAGUUGUUAUGGUAUUGUCAUUCUUCAGUCUUAUGACAUCGAUGUCUGCCAAUAUGUUAGAAUAGGUUAAGGAGAUCUCAGUGCUUAGAGCAAUUGGAAAUACUAAAUUAUCCAUUACUACAGUGUAUAUUAUGGAGGCAUUCACAUUGGUGUUCAGUUCCAGUUUUAUUGGAUUGAUGGUCGGAUUUAUUAUUGGACAAUCCAUGGCAUUGUAAUAGACUUUAUUCACAUAAUUACCUUUGAUAUUUGUAUUCCCAUGGUAAAUGCUGAUUAUCAUCAUUAUUAUUGCCAUGUUUGCAGCUAUAAUCAGUGUUGUCACGCCUUCCUUACAAAUCUUAUCAAAAGAAAUUGCUUAAAUUAUGAGAAUGAUCUGA